AAGUCUACAGAACAAAUGAAGAAAGUACCAACCAUUGUCCUGUCUGUCUCUUACAAGGGAGUCAAAUUUAUUGAUGCAACAAAUAAGAAUAUUAUUGCUGAACAUGAAAUCCGUAACAUUUCCUGUGCUGCACAAGACCCUGAAGACCUUUCUACAUUUGCGUACAUCACUAAAGACUUGAAGACUAAUCAUCACUACUGCCAUGUAUUCACUGCGUUUGACGUGAAUUUAGCUUACGAAAUCAUUCUUACGCUAGGACAAGCAUUUGAGGUGGCCUAUCAGCUUGCACUACAAGCACGAAAAGGGGGCCAUUCUUCAACCCUCCCAGAAAGCUUUGAAAAUAAACCCUCCAAGCCUAUUCCCAAACCACGUGUUAGUAUUCGGAAGUCAGUGCAGAUAGAUCCAUCUGAACAAAAGACUCUUGCGAAUCUACCAUGGAUUGUUGAACCUGGACAAGAAGCCAAAAGAGGCAUUAAUACCAAGUAUGAAACUACGAUUUUCUGAUACAAAACUGUCCCCCUGUUCCUUGUUGUGCCUUGCACGCCAAGCAGUCACAGCACAGCCUUUCCUUUAUGGCAACGUUUCAAUCCAGCAGAGAGGAAGACUGCACUGUAUGAGUGGCCUUGUAACUAACAAAAAAGGCUGACAGUCAUUUCUGGUGAUGUUCUUCUUCCUGCAGCACUGACAGAAGAAUGACACUACAUGAAGACUUUUAAAAUUACAGUCCACAAGAGGAGUGCGAAACCUUAUUUUUCAUGCAGUUCUCCCUUGUGACUCUGCCACAGUGCUUUCUUUGAUUUCUUAUUUUAGAAUUCUACUUUUUAAAAAAAAACAAAAGGUCUCUAAACUAACACUAAUGCUGCCUAUGAGUAGAAGAUUUGAUUGGUUUUUUAUUUAAAUCUUGGCAGUUUUUAAUUGAAAUAGAACCAGAAUUAAUAAAUAGAGCAUUUGUGAAACCACUGAAUUCAUUAGUAAUUACUGUGUUGAAUAAAGAACUCAUUAAAAUGACAAGAAAUUAGGCACCCUGAUUUCUGUGUGCGCUGGUUUUAUAUGUAAUCAUUGGUGUCCUUUGAUCCUCUAUAGAAAUAGGAACCUCCUGCAUUGUAACAAAGGAUCAGAGUUUUAUGAAUGGUUAGAAAAAGGUAUUGAUAAUGCACAGAAAACAUUUAUUAGAUAUUUUUAUGGAAGAGAAGUACUAUAGGAAAACAUAUGAAUAUUUAUGGAAGGAAGCCAGAUUAAUUAUGACAAAUAUUGUUUAUUUUAAAGUUAAGUAAACCACUGCUAUUGCAGCAUUAUGAAAAUUAUAAGAGUUGUAGCAUCAGUGCACUGGAUGUUCCAUGUGAUCAGUCUGGAAUGAAAGUGGAAUGGUCAUUCUACUACACCUACAUACAGUUUAUGCAGUUCAACAUUGCUAUAGCCAUGCAUUCUACUAGUAUUUUUAAAGAAAUAAUCUCAGUGGUUCUAAAAAAAGUCAAAACCAUGGAUUUUGCUAUCAAGAUUUCUGUCACAGAAAGCUUGUUUGGAAGAGUGUUGAUAAAAUUCUACUGCAAAACAUUUUCUAAAUAAAAAUAGCGAGAAAAAGAAAAAAAUUCCAAAGUAAUAAAAAUGUUUUCAUGGAACAAAAUAGUUAAGCAUUUGCUUAAUAUUUGAUUAAAUAAGAUUUACUUACAUUUUCUUUGAAGUGUUUUAAUUUUUUUAAUGUCUGUGGAGUAUUUGUAUAAUACCAUGAUGUAUAUUUAUGUAGAACUGAAAUUAUAACAGUACAAAUAUCACUAUAGGAGAAAAAUGACAUUUUAACGUAUAUUGUUCUAUCCAGUCAAAUUGUGAAUCAUUUUGAAGUUCAUUAUAGAGAUAUUGAUAAA